CCGUCGGAUCGCGUUGUAUCGAUCGGAUCGUAUCGUGCGGUGUUCCUCAGUAUUCUAUUAUAGUAGCGUCACUUUGUAUGCUGUGCAACAACGCGCGCGAUUAUAAACGCAUCGGUCAUCCCGCCAAAGUGCAACCUGUUCCGUCGCUCUGAACCCAUGUGGUUCGCUCCGUUCGAACUGUUGGUGUUUCUUUUUUUUUUCCCGCUGCUGAAGGAAUGCUCUUGGUUUUAAAGUGCAUAAAUCUGCUAUGCUAAUGAUAGUAAUCAAACGGCAAGUGCGUAGUGUAUGAUUAAACGUUCGCGUUGCUUUCAAACAGUGUCGGUCAAGGUGGUUUAUUAGACGACAACGAUGAUGAAAAAAGUGAAAAAUCCAAGACUAUGGGUUGGUCUGCGACCAACCAAAGCGCAACUGGGAACAGCAAAGUUCAUGUUUUUCUACGGGUCCAAAUUCGAUGAACAUGAGGUGUUCGAUCUUGAUGAAGCGGAGAAAAUUGUACGUCACGCACGGUUCGAUCCCGAUAAGAGAACAGUUAUGUACUUCCACGGAUAUAUUGAGUCACCGGAAGUGGAGAGCGUGCACGUGAUUGUGGACGCGUACCAGAAGCGCAACGAUCACAACUUGAUCGUGCUGGAUUGGACACAACUGGCCGAUGGAAACUAUCUGCUGGAGGCAGUGCCGAACUGUAGAAAACUAGGACACAAACUAGGGUCGGUGUUAUUAGCUAUGAUCGCUGCCGGUUUGGAGGCUGACAAGCUGCAUCUGGUGGGUCAUUCACUAGGGGGUCAGCUAGCAGGUUACGCUGGACGAACUGUGAUAUCAUCAUCAAAAAAGAAGAUCAAGCUAAAAAGGAUUUCCGCACUGGAUCCAGCCUUUCCACCGUUCUAUCCCGGAGUUAUUGUAACGCACCUGAGUGACAAAGAUGCAGAAUUCGUGGACGUCAUUCACACAGAUGCUUGGUUGUAUGGGGCGCCAGUUAGUACUGGGACGGCAGAUUUUUGGCCGAACAAUGGCAAAACUCUCCAGCCAGGAUGUCCCAAAAGAAACUACAAGCCACUAACAGAUAAUGACCUCUGUAGUCACCGCCGCUCGUGGUGGUUUUGGGCAGAAAGUGUAGCCAGAGCAUCGUCUUUCCACUCGCUGCGAUGCAAGAGCUGGAGCGAUUUCAAGGAAGGAAAAGUGGUCCGAUCAUCCCAGAUGGUGCACAUGGGCAUUGAUUGUAGUUUAGACGCGAAGGGUGAUUACUAUCUGCAGACAAAUGGGAGUCCGCCCUAUUCCAAGGGUCUGGCCGGAACAAAGUACGAAUAGCGUAGGAUUUUACCGAUCGACAAUAACAUGCUUAGAUUACUACAAAAAGGGCGUAAUAGAAGCAAUGCUACUUCCAAGUUCAAAA